GUUAAUAACGUAUCACACAAAGAAGAACAAUGAAGUUUUUAUUCUGCUUGACAUUUAUUGCUGUGAUUUUAAUCUCCUACAAUUCCUACACAACUGGAGCCAGGGUUUGCAUUAUAAGCGUCGCUAAUUGUACCGCCACAAACACGACAACAGUUUGCGGUCGUUACGGCCGGUCCAACCUGUGUGCCAGAUUCCGAAACAGCUGCGCUUACAACACCGCCAAUUGUAACAGCAACGUUGCGUACACCCGAGUAUCGAGUACGUACUGUACUGGUAUAUCGACCGGCACACGUCGCCGUUGCUAUGGCACCUUCUCAGGCUCCUCUACUGGCAUACUCUCAUCGCUUGGCAUAAGUGCAAGCAAUACUGUAUCUCCAAUUGUUAUUGUGAGAGGUUAA